CCUAAAACUUCCAGCUUUUGUCCGAACUUUUCUGGAUGUUCCAGCAGGAAAACAUCUGGGAGAAGCGGGAUCCGGCCCCAGCGGGACUUCGUCUCCGGUUCCGUUCGCCUCCUCUCUCCUGAAGCUGCAGCGGGCCGACCGAACCGUUUCCGCCCGCCAGGCCGAACUGGGAGCUGGUGUCUGGGUGUCGGGGACAGCCUCACCCCGCUGCUGUCCGGGGAGACAAAGGGGGAGCGGGACUACGGAUCGGCUUCAACCCGCUUUCUGAGCUGCAAUGAGGCCCGCGCGACCGACCCAGAGCGAGCCCAGCUGACGUCACUGAUCGGGACUGGGAGAGAUGGAGGUCGGGGGUCCCUACCGGACCCAGGUGGCCCUGGGCCGGGCCUCUCCUGGCGGGAUGCCCCUGCUGCUGCUGCCGCUGCUGCUGAGCCUCUACCGGGCCGAGGAGGAGGUGCUGAUGAACACCAAGCUGGAGACUUCUGACCUACAUUGGAUGAACUAUCCAGCUGAUGAUCAACAGUGGGACGAGGUCAGCGGCUUCGAUGACGACUCCAACAGCGUUCGGACUUUACAGAUCUGCACCCCCAGUAGCCCAUCCUCCUAUUGGCUGAGGACACGGUGGAUUCCCCGGCAGACUGCGACCACGCUCUACGUGGAGCUGCGGUUUACCAUGAUGGAGUGUGCCGGGCUGAACCAGCGACACUGUAAGGAGACCUUUAACCUUUACUACUACCAGUCAGACAGCGACGAGGCCACGCCCACUUACCCUCCCUGGAUGGAGAACCCCUAUACAAAGGUGGCCACCAUCGCUGCUGACCAUUUGCUCCGGCGGGACAUCGAGAGACGUGAUGGUGAACGACGUACCAACCUUAAGCUGUUGAGAAUUCAGGCACUUCGAGGGGCGGGGCUUUACCUGGCCUUCCAGAGCCAGGGCACCUGCAUGGCGCUGCUCGCCGUCCGCGUCUUCUACAGAAAGUGCCCCCCCAUCCGCCGCAACUUUGCCUUCUUCCCUGAAACCAUACCCCACUCACUGGUGGAGCAGGCUCAGGGUGUGUGUGUGGAGAAUGCCAUGACUCCACCUGGCGAGCCCUCAAAGACUCCCAGCAUGCUGUGCGGUGAGGAUGGUCAGUGGGUGGGGCAGCCGGCAUCCAGCUGCGUCUGUCGUCCCGGAUACGAGGCUGGAGACGGUGACAUGCGCUGCAGAGCCUGUCCAUCGGGUCACUUUAAAGGCAGCUCAGGAAGCACCGGCUGCACUUCCUGUCCCGCUAAUAGCAACACACUGAUCCCAGGCUCCGCCUACUGCCCAUGUCUCCCAGGUUACGACCGGGCCGACUCGGACCCGCCUCACGCCGCCUGCACCAGGCCUCCCUCAGCUCCUCGCCUCCCUGUGAGUCAGCUGAACGACACCACCGUAACUCUGGAGUGGAGCGAGCCUCAAGAGAGGGGAGGACGAGGAGACCUGAGCUACACGGUUCUGUGUUCCAACUGUGGUCCCACUGGAACCAGCAAGCGAUUGGCCAGUUCCUGUUCUCAGUGUGAUGACAGCGUUCUGUACCGACCAGCCCAGUUUGGGCUGACUCAGCGCCGUGUCAACAUCUGGGGGCUCCGCCCACAAACCAUGUACAUGUUUACCAUCCAAUCACUGAAUGGCAUCUCAGCCGUCAGCCAAUCAGAGCCAGCCUCCGUCAGGCUCAACGUGACUACCAGCAGAGACGUCCCUCCCCCAGUUUCAGGUGUGAGGAGAGCAGCAGCCUCAGAGACCAGUCUGUCCCUAGAGUGGACGGUCCCGCUCCUGCAGAACCAGUACCAGAUCUUGGACUACGAGCUGCGCUACAGCCAGAGGGCGGCGGAGGAGGUGGGGCAGUGGCAGUACGUGGCCAGCAGGUCUUCUUCUGUGGUUCUGAGCGGGCUGCAGCGGGCCACUCCGUACCAGGUCCAGGUCCGAGCCCGUUCUCAGGUCGGGUACGGCCCGUUCAGCUCCACCAGGACCUUCAGCACGCUGCCCGACGGAAUGUCUCCAUCCCAGCUGGCCGUGACCUCUAUCCUCGUCUCUAUGGUGAUACUGCUGUUGGUCGCCGCGGCGAUUGUUGGAGUCAUCUGUUAUCGCAGGCGGCGCCGACGCAGAGGCGUGACGGACAGGACCGGACACUACCAGAUGGGUCAGACGAUGAAGGUCUACAUCGACCCGUUUACCUACGAAGACCCAAAUGAGGCUGUGAGGGAGUUCGCCAAGGAGAUCGACGCCUCCUUCGUUAAGAUAGAGGAAGUGAUUGGAGCAGGUGAGUUCGGUGAGGUGUGUCGGGGUCGGCUGAGGAUUCCUGGCAGGAAGGAAAACUACGUGGCCAUCAAGACUCUGAAGGGCGGCUACACAGAGAAGCAGAGGCGGGACUUCCUGUCGGAGGCGUCCAUCAUGGGUCAGUUCCAGCACCCGAACAUCAUCCACCUGGAAGGUGUCAUCACCACUUCCUGUCCUGUCAUGAUCCUCACUGAGUUCAUGGAGAACGGAGCUCUUGACAGCUUCUUGAGGAUGAAUGAUGGACAGUUCACCCCCAUCCAGCUGGUGGGGAUGCUACGCGGCAUAGCCUCGGGGGUGAAGUACCUGUCAGACAUGAGCUUUGUCCACAGAGACCUGGCAGCUCGGAACAUCCUGGUUAACUCUAACCUGGUCUGUAAGGUGUCAGAUUUUGGACUCAGCAGGUUUCUGAGGGAGAACUCUUCGGACCCGACCUACACCAGUUCUCUGGGAGGGAAGAUCCCGAUCCGGUGGACGGCUCCUGAAGCUAUUGCCUACAGGAAGUUCACGUCAGCCAGUGACGUGUGGAGUUACGGCAUUGUCAUGUGGGAGGUGAUGUCAUAUGGAGAGCGGCCGUACUGGGACAUGAGCAACCAGGAUGUUAUCAAUGCCAUCGAGCAGGACUAUCGGCUGCCGCCGCCGCCUGACUGCCCCGCCCCUCUGCACUCGCUCAUGUUGGACUGCUGGCAGAAGGAUCGGGCCGACCGGCCCCGGUUCUGUGACAUCGUGGCCGCGCUUGAUAGGAUGAUCAGAAACCCUGUCUCUUUGAAAGUGACACACCCAGAGUUGCCGAGUCCGUCCCAGCCGUUGUUGGACCAGAGGGUCCCCCCUCGUCUGUCUGCCUGUGGUUCUGUCUCAGAGUGGCUCCGAGCCAUUAAGAUGGACCGGUACGAGCAGAACUUUCUACAGGCCGGGUUCUCCAGCCUGGAUGCCGUCUCACAGCUCAACACAGAACUCACCUGUUUCUGUCUCCAGAGACCUUCUCAGAGUGGGCGUGACCCUCGCUGGUCACCAGAAGAAAAUCCUCUCCUCCAUCCAGACACUCAGGAUACAGAAGGACACGCCCACCCUGCUUUACUGACCAAUCACAGUCUUUUCCUGUGCUAAUGGCCAAACCUCUCAGGAUCAUGCUAGUCCCGCCCACUAUUUCAGAUCAAACAGAUGAACAGAGACUCCGCAUCCUAAUGUUGGACUAGAGCUCAGAGUUUUUGACUCAGCCACCAAGGACUGGAGACAUGAUCAUGUGUGUAGAUGUGGAUCUGGUCUCCAGCUGACCAGAAUCGACUCUCUCUGUUACACUCGUCCGAAUCCUGGGACCUGGACCUGUCUCCUGAUGGGGGAGCAGACCCGGGACAGUUUUUAUCUCAGAAUCUUCUCAGCAACAUUUUAUAUUUCUGCACAAUCCUUUUGUAUGAAAACAAUAAAGCUGAUGUUAUGGAACAAACA